AAGCCUCUGGCGCACCCUCGUUUCGGUGGACAGAGGGAAUGAAGGGGAAAGAGGGAGCAAAAACAAAGAGAAAGUGAGAAAAGGGUGUCAUCUCAUCUCCGUUUAUCUGAUCUGGGACGGGAAUCCUAGCGCGCACGAUAGAAAAACCGAAUUCACAAGAAGAAAAAUCAUCAUUAGAGAAAGAGAGAGAGAGAGAGAGAUCCCAUCUUCCUACACAUUCAAAAUGGGGGAUCCGAAUCUGGAGCUACAGGAAUCGGGUUGGGAGGAAUUAAGGAAGGAAGCCAGGAAAAUCGAGGGAGAUCUCGACGUCAAGCUCUCUUCCUAUGCCAAGCUCGGUGCAAGAUACACACAAGGAGGAGGUUAUGCAGAUAAUGGGUCACCAACUGUUGGAUCCAGCAGGUCGUGGAAGUCAAUGGAAAUGGAAAUCCAGUCCUUGCUUGAAAAGCUGCUAGAUAUCAAUGAUUCCAUGAGUCGAUGUGCUGCGUCUGCAACACCUACCACUUCAGUUACCCAGAAGCUAGCAAGGCACAGGGACAUACUCCACGAGUUUACACAGGAAUUUAGACGGACAAAAGGAAACAUAAACUCCAUGAGGGAACAUGCUGAGCUUCUAAAUUCUGUAAGGGAUGAUAUCAGUGAAUACAAGGCAGCUGGGAGUAUGUCACCUAGAAUGCAUUUAUUACGAGAACGAGCUUCAAUUCAUGGAAGCAUAAAUCAAAUUGAUGAUGUCAUUAGUCAAGCUCAAACGACGAGGUUUGUGCUAGGCUCUCAGAGGACUCUGCUCGGAGAUGUUCAAGGGAAAGUCAAGCAACUGAGUGACAAGUUUCCUGUAAUUCGUGGCCUUCUAGGUGCCAUCAAAAGGAAGCGUUCCAGAGACACCCUUAUCCUCGCUGCAGUGAUUGCCGCUUGCACAUUGUUCCUUAUCAUCUACUGGCUUUCAAAGUAAACGAAAUGAGGAUCUGUUUUUGUAGAUUUGGGUCUGCAAUUUUCUUGAAAUAAAAGACUAAGACAACUCAUUUUUGCAAUGCCUCAACAAAGAUGAAUUUACAGUAUAUAGGGUUGCCAACAGAUAGGGAAUAUAACAAUUACACCUUA